GGUCGUAAUUGUACAUACGAAUGUGUUCUUAAUUGACUUUCAGAGUUAAAUAUAGGUAUAAAAAUGUUUUUUUAAAUACCACCACUAUCAACAGCGACUUCCAACACGUUAACGUUUGAGCCAUUUAACAGACGCUUUUAUCCAGAGCGACGUACAAUAGUGAGACAACAGCUUUUUGUAAUCUGACACAUAUGGCUAAAACGCAUGGACAUGAUUUCAAGCUAUUACGUAUAUCUGGGAAACAUUAAGGGCAUGAACAAUUUGCUGGCACCGGCUGACGAGGCAUCUACUAUCGUUUGGCCAUCUGAAGACAGUCCCCAUUUCUCAAUUUCUUAGUCCUGAAGUAUCCUACACCAUUUUUCUCUUCUGUGUGAGCGGACAAGCGCAAAUGUAUCGAAAUAUAAUUGGGUUGGUCGUCAUGUCACUUCCACUGAUUCUGAGCCCCCAAGUUUUGGGGCUCGCGGCAGAGGGUUUGAGCAAUCUUCGAAAUAUUGCAGGCAAGCUCAGCUUCAUUCAGAGGGAAGGAAAUGUGACUUAUCUGCGGGACAAGGAGCUGGCCACGGAAGUUCCAACCGAGACAAAGUUUGAACUUUUCGAUCCAAUGAACACUUUACGCACUGCCAGAUUCAACUAUACCUGGGACUUCGGCAACGGAGAGGUGCUGAAGGGAUCGGAGCCGUCUGUGCACUAUAACUACUCAUCCCCUGGAAACUACACUCUGCGGCUGAGAGUUGGGGCCCAAGUGAACAAAACCUCUACUCCACUAACUGGGGUAUACACCAUGGACGUUACAGUUUUGGACGCCAUCAGGAAUAUUGAAUUGAGCCCUUUGAGUUUCCAGGUUUCCAGAAACAACAGUCUGGUUGUUCAUGUGGAUGGAAGUCCUCCCAUGUGGGUCUGUUGGAGGUUCCUACAGAACUGUGAAUCGGCAACCCCUACAGGCUGUCACCUGACCAUGCUGUAUGAGAACACCAUGACACUGAACCACACCUUCACAGCUUUAGGAGUCCACUGUCUGGACAUCAGCGCCCGCAACGACAUCAGCAAACUGCAGACCUCCUACAACAUCUUUGUGAGGAGAGAUCCCCCGAUUAACCUGCUCUUCACCCUGACAUGUACUGGGAUCAUCUUGGUAAUAGUCGCCUUCAUCACUGUUAUAGCCUGUCGCACUAAGAAUGGACACAACAACAAACCACAGAUGUCUAAGUCCAGUAAUGCCCCUUGCUCCAGUAUGAACAUGGAACUGCAGCCACAACAGGACAUCCCUGAUAUCAGUAGUGAUCUCUAUGUGUCCAGGCCAAAGAACGAAGAGGUCCAACCCCUUCUACAGCACGGGACCAGAUCUGUCGCCAAAUCCUACCGCAACUAGUCUUCAUUUACACACUUUGAUUUGAGCUUUGUGUUGGACUGAUUCAAGCCAAAUGUUAACAGUUUGCUAACAAUGUAUAGUUUGAGAUUAAUAUAUGGCACCAGUAACAUUGAACUAUACAUUGUCAGUGAUGUAAUACCGAUGUAGAUUACAUUCCCCUGUCUGUGUGGAUGUUAUACUUGCUAACCAUGCUAAUGUUUGAGGAGAAUGCACAGUUUUGAACAUGAAAAGUUAUUAAUAAACAAAUUAGGCACAUUUGGGCAGUCUUGAUACAAAAUGUUUAACAGAAAUUCUAUGGUUCCUUGGAUCAGUCUAAAACUUUGCGUAUACACCGCUGCUAUCUAGUGGGCCAAAUCUAAAUUGCACAUGGGCUGGAAUAAUAUAUUGUAGCCUUUCAUUGCAUUUCAAAAGUGAUGGUAAAAAAAAUACAAAAGAACGGUUGUUUUUUUCUUUGUAUUAUCUUAUACUAGAUAUAUUGUGUUAUAUUCUCCUACAUUCCUUUCACAUUUCCACAAACUUCAAAGUGUUUCCUUUCAAAUGGUACCAAGAAUAUACAGAUCCUUGCUUCAGGGCCUGAGCUACAAGCAGUUAUAUUUGGUUUUAUCAAAAUGUUGGGGAGAGAAUUUGGUGACAUCUAGUGAUCUUUAUGUGAAUUACAGGGGGAGGGGCAGUUACACCGGAGGGCUAAUUACCCUCUACUACCCUAUCAAGAGAACAUCUCUGGUCAUCCCUUCUACCUACCUCUGAUCUGGUAGACACACUAAACCCUGGCUAUAUUUAAUCUAAAAAAACAAGAAAAUUUUGCCUUCAGGCUUGCUUAAUAUAUGUGAAAUUAUUAAUACUUUUACUUUUGAUACGUAAGUAUAUUUUAAGCAAUUACAUUUACCUUUGACACUUAAGUAUAUUUAAAACCAAAUACUUUUAGACUUUUAAUAAAGUAGUAUUUUACGAGGUGACUUUCACUUGAGCCAUUUUUAAUGAAGGUAUCUUUAUUUUUACUGGAGUAUGACAAUUGGGUACUUUUUCCACCACCGAAUGGUCGACGACUAGUUUCACACUGCUAUAGGUCUGGGGACUUUUCCUCAUUUGAGCAAAGGUCAGUGCUUCAUCCUCUCGCCUGCGUGACACGAAACCUGUGAAGUGGUGGAGUGUGUCAAUUCAUUUGUAAGCAAAAGGAAAUCGGUCCUACCCUUCUCAAUAGCCUCCUUUUGGCGAAGAGUUACACGCAUUCUACCGAGGAAGAGGUUUGAUAUCUGCCACACCCCCUUUGAAUCAGAUGUUGUAUUGUCGGAGGAGAAAAGCAUGCACACAUUUAAAAACGAUACGCCAAUAUCGAGUUGUUGAUCCACCUACAUCACCAGCGGUUGAUUCCGUUACCGGUUGGGAUAUUUAGACAAGACAACAUUGUUAUAUAUGAAAGGGUGGCAUUGUAAUUAUUUUUCUUAGAGUGCUACCACGAUUUAUGUUGUAUUCCACUUCACACCUGUAGGUGUUGGCUUUAAAGCAGAGAACCAUUAUGCAUUUUAAGCACCAUUAGCCAGUAGUUCAUAUUAGGCCCUGUACACUUGACAAUGGCCAUCAAAAGUAAACUUACUCCCUAUGAUCUAAAAAUUAACCCUAAAUAUUAAAGACAUUUCCUAAUGCAUCCCUAGAGUUACUUAGUUGUGCACAGAAGCGAUCCCUAGAGUGACUUAGUUGUGCACAGAAGCGAUCCCUAGAGUGACUUAGUUGUGCACAGAAGCGAUCCCUAGAGUGACUUAGUUGUGCACAGAAGCGAUCCCUAGAGUGACUUAGUUGUGCACAGAAGCGAUCCCUAGAGUGACUUAGUUGUUCACAGAGGCGACCUCUAGAGUGACUGAGUUGUUCACAGAAGCGACCUCUAGAGUGACUGAGUUGUUCACAGAAGCGAUGAAAGGCGUCAUUCACAGGGGGUCUGGUA